CACGGAGAAAUGAAAUGCACUGCUCUCCAGCAAGGAACAGAAAUCAGUCCUGGGAGAGCAUUUUUCUGUGCCUCUGACAGCGAUAAGGCACGGCUACUGGAAUAAGUCAUCUUCAGACAAGUGCUGGGGGAGCCCAAGGAGCCCCUCGUCUAGUCUGAUCUCAGCGCCGCCAUGGCCGCCUGCGAAAGAGAGACUACACCGUCACCAUAGCAACAGCUGGGAAUGCACAAGCUCUGAGGUUCUCGCGCUGCUCAGUGUUCCCAGGUGGAGAAUCAUUUCUCCGAGGCGUGGUGUGACAGACACAUCUCUGACCUUGAAGCAGUGGAAGGAGGACAGGUAGAGGAGCACAAAGAAGAAGGACAGAGGGAGAAAAAACGAGGGGGAAGGACAGACUGUUUUCUUUCCCUCAGAGGAGCAGCGCACACGGAGGAAGGGAGGGAGAGCGUGGCCCCUCACCCCCGGGAGCGAUGUGACAGUCGGCCCCAGCAGCAUCCCCAGCAGCUAGAAUGGACCUGAGAACCAGCUUGCUCUGAAAGCACCUCUCACCAAGUCACAAUGGUCCCAGUUCUGUUUUUAGUAGCAUCAACAAUACCAAACAACAUCUCAUCGACUACAAAUGGAACAGAUGGCAACUCCCCGCUCAGCGCCCCCCACGUCCUUCCCACCGUGCUGGUGCUCUCGCUGCUGCUGGUCAUCAUCGUGCUGCUGGCCUGGUACUUCCUCAGGGUAAGACACCACAGGAAGGCGGUGGUCACAACUGUCGACAAGAAGAUGCCAAAUGGCAUUUUGGAAGAACAAGAUCAAGGUAAAGAGCUGGGAGACCAUGCAACUGAGUUGCAGACACUGUCAGAGCAACAGACAGUGGUCCUGCUCCCACAGUCACCAUCCACUUCCAAGACCUACUUCCCCAUCCCUGUAGAACACCUGGAGGAGGAGUUCAGACUACGCUCCGCCGACGAUGGAAAACUUUUCAGAGAAGAGUUUAACUCAUUGCCGGGAGGUUACACCCAGGGGACGUGUGUGGAGGCCAACAAGGAAGACAACAAGGAAAAGAACAGAUACCCCAACAUCCUACCAUAUGAUCAUUCAAGGGUUGUGCUCAGCGUACAGGAUGGAGAUCCCUGCUCAGACUAUGUGAAUGCCUCGUAUAUUGACGGCUACAAAGACAAGAACAAAUUCAUCGCAGCACAAGGCCCAAAACAGGACACAGUGGCGGACUUCUGGAGGAUGAUCUGGGAGCAGAAGUCGUCCACCAUCGUCAUGCUCACCAAUCUGAAAGAGCGGAAAGAGGAUAAAUGUUACCAGUACUGGCCUGACCAAGGUUGCUGGACGUACGGGAAUGUCCGUGUGGCUGUGGAAGACUUCACAGUCCUGGUGGACUAUACCAUACGCAAGUUCUGUGUGCAAUAUCAGGCUAGCGACGGGACCAAAACUCCCAGGUUGGUGACCCAGAUGCACUUCACCAGCUGGCCUGACUUUGGAGUGCCCUUCUCCCCCAUCGGCAUGCUCAAGUUCCUGAAGAAGGUUAAGCAGGUCAACCCGUCCUACGCCGGGCCCAUCGUGGUCCACUGCAGUGCUGGGGUGGGCCGAACAGGCACCUUCAUUGUGAUUGAUGCCAUGAUUGACCUGAUGUACGCAGAGCCGAAGAUCGAUGUCUUCGGGUUUGUGUCCAAGAUACGAGACCAGCGAUCCCAACUUGUUCAAACAGACAUGCAGUACUCGUUCAUAUACCAGGCUCUGCUGGAGUACUACCUCUAUGGGGACACGGAACUGGACGUGUCCUCGUUAGAGGGGCACUUGCACAAACUGCACAACACCCUGACAACUGGUGACAGGGUAGGACUGGAGGAGGAGUUCAAAAAACUCACCAACAUGCGGAUUAUGAAGGAGAAUAUGAGAGCAGGGAACCUGCCGGCGAAUAUGAAGAAAAACAGAGUGCUUCAGAUCAUCCCCUAUGAUUUUAACAGAGUUAUUCUGUCAAUGAGGAGAGGUCAGGAAUUCACUGAUUAUGUCAACGCCUCUUUUAUUGAUGGCUACAGGCAGAAGGACUACUUCAUCGCCACACAGGGUCCCUUAUCUCACACAGUGGAAGACUUCUGGAGGAUGGUGUGGGAGUGGAAGUGUCACUCCAUAGUCAUGCUGACAGAGUUACAGGAGAGGGAGCAGGAUAAGUGUUUCCAGUACUGGCCCCCUGAGGACUCGGUGACAUAUGGGGACUACACCGUGGAGAUUAAAGGGGACACUCUGUGUGACACUUUCAGCCUGCGGGAUCUGGUACUCACAUAUGGCCAGGAGAAACAGUCGAGGCUGGUGCGGCACUUUCAUUUUCAUGGCUGGCCAGAGAUUGGCAUCCCAGCGGAGGGCCGAGGGAUGAUCGACAUCAUCGCUGCCGUGCAGAAGCAGCAGCAGCAGUCAGGGAACCAUCCCAUUGCUGUCCAUUGCAGUGCCGGGGCCGGCCGGACAGGUACGUUCAUUGCUUUGAGUAAUAUCCUGGAGCGGGUCAAGGCUGAGGGCCUGCUGGACGUGUUCCAAACUGUGAAGAGUUUACGCAUGCAGAGGCCGCACAUGGUGCAGACAGUGGAACAGUAUGACUUCUGCUACAGAGUGGUACAGGAUUUUGUUGACAUCUUCUCAGACUAUGCCAAUUUCAAAUGAGAAAUGAUCUGCCUUAAACAGUUGUUCUGUGUUGUUUUUGAUAUCAGGUGGUGAGGAGUUUGUACCUCAUCACUGAAUUAAAUUGUCUUCUAUUUUGCUAUGCACUUGUUCUCAUUGUAACUAAAACAUCAUACCUAGCUGUAAUAUAUUGUCAUAUACUAGAGCUACUCAGCCAAUUUUUUACAUUAUUUAAAUUUUAUUUUGUUUUCCAUAUUUUUGUCUCGCUCUGGUUACUGUUCAUUUUGUUGUAAAAUAUUGUUCUCUUGUUUAUUACGUUUGUUUCUUUUUUUUUUAAUCUGCAUCAUACCAACUAAGCAUUUUACUGAUCAUUCCAUGUAAUAUUUGUAAAGCAGUAGUUAUUGUAAAUGUAUUUAUAUACUGUUUUCAGCCGUCCAUCGCCAACCUUUAAAGACAAAAAAACCUUUAUGUGAAUGUUCUCUGAUGUAUUUAUGCAAAUGUAAGUAAGGUCUUAUACUUCAUGACGCUGAUUGAUAUCUCUCAUUGAGAGAGAGACUGUGUUUUGGUAGGUGGAAAAAACAAUCCCAUGGUUGCUUUUGUUAAAGGCCAAACCCUUCCUCAGAGACAUCAGAAAUACAUGAAGAGGUGUGAAGCUGAACUACUAAGAAUAAAACUCUUAUAUACUGCAUAUAUAUAAAUCUCAUCAGUAUUAAUGCUUGUUUCCAAGCUGUGAGGUUGCCUCUGUUUUUGUUCUGAAGAGGGCACACUAGUUAUAGCCAUACAAACACCACGUUGGAGGGAGUCUGCCACGCCUUGCAGAAUCCUCUGUCCCUGACAUCUGAUGUUCAAAAUGCUAAAAAAAAAAAAAAAUAGCAGCACAUGUUUUUAAGCACACUGACCACCGAAGAUUGUCCUGCAGAAUUGCCAAGGAGUUACAGCAGUUGAAAAAAGGAGUCUGCAUCUGUACAUACUUCCACCCUAAUACUAGUAUUAUAUCAUAGUAGUGGUGCUGUCUGAAACGGCACACAUACAGUAAAUAGAAAUAUAUAUAUUUUGGAAUUCCACCACUGCUUUUAUGCUGCUUUUCUGUUUGCAUGAAACAGUGCCAUAUUCUCUAGAUGAGAAAUAUAUUUUCAACAAUAGCCUCUUACUCGUAAAAUAACAUAAAAUUGUAUUUAUGCAGGAUAGGAUUAAGUACAAGGCAUUUAAAUCUCGCUAUGAUCCAUAUUGGGGCCAGUAAGUGCUCACAGAUGGACAUGGUAUUCAUUCAUUUGAACUGCCUCAAUGUCAGUUGAUGCUUAUGCACAAAUGUACAAUAUGAAAGGUUGAACUUACCACUGAACAUAUAUGCAGGGAGGAAACUAUUUGCUAUCCAAAAGUUUUAUCCAUGUGUUUGAGGAGAAAAAUGCCAUAUUUAGUCAUGUAGAUAUAGAAACGAUUAUUAAUGGAAUACCAGUGAAAAGGAAUACUGGUUCAUAGUCAUUGGCUAAAGAAUAAUGCUUUAAGCAGGGCAAACCAAACAAAGAAAGAAGCACAGUAAGGAGUUUUGUACUUUUGUCUCAGAUGUGAUUGGCUUGCAAUAUAGCCUACUGUUGAUGCACAACACUAUAUUCACAUUCUGUGCUCUGCCCAGAUCAACCUCAGCAUUUUUUAAAGGUCCUGAACAAAACCUCAUGGCAGCCAUUUUCAUUCUUCCUUUUCUUUUCUUUGAUCUGCUCACUUUGAUAAAUUGUGAAAUAUGCUCCUUACCUUGUGUUAAAACAAGGGAUUUGCAGUGAUAACUCAUAAAGCAUUAAAAGAGAUCUGUGUUGAUCUAAACACACCAGCUAAAUGGCAUAUCAAACAAUGGUCAUCUCCAAGCCAAGGGUUAAUCCACAAUGGUCAUCUCCAAGCCAAGGGUUAAUCCACUCACAGGUUGAAGCUGAACUAGGAACUUUCAGCGGAACUAGGAACGAAAACCAGUAUGAUCUAUUCUCCAAAAUGAGUUUUCGCUUCCUGAUUUGACUGAAAUUCUGCUUCCUUGGUGGUCUCUGGCUGACCUCAGUCCUGCAUUGUGUUGCUGUUAUAUAACUGUAGAAACAUUUCUUGAACAUUGUGCUCAGCAUUUGUGAGAUUCAUGGAGUUGAUUUGGUAGCUUGCCAGCCAGAUGUCUCUCCUCAGUGUAUGCCUUUCCUCAUUCAAUUUGUCAAACUGUGUUGUGGGUGCCAACCCCAGGCUUGUGCUAAUCAUGACUAUUUAAGGGUAUGGCAACAUAAGCUAUACCAUUUCCUGAUUUUAUCAUGUCAUACUGGAGUUAGUGUCUUUGUAAAUGCAGUUUUCAAUAUUAAAUACAGUUGAUAAAAUCCUGA